UCUAAAAACAAAUCGAAAACCGGAGCCGGCGUUAACCACAGGGGCCCUCCCUACACCACCUAGACGGUCAAAUAUGGGGCCCACCCCUGCCCGAUUCUUCUAAAAAGGCACUGCCUUUCUGUUCUUCUCUCUCGUCUAUCCUCAUUUACACCCAAAACAAGCAAAGAGAGAGCACUGCACACUCUGUCUGCAAGUCUCCGAGAUUACUCCCUCAAAUGGACGGCUUCGAUCGACUCCCGGACUCACUGAUCCUCCAGAUCUUCGACUCGGUCUCCGACGUCAAGACGCUCAUCCGCUGCCGCGCCGUGUCGAAGCGGUUCAACUCGCUCGUUCCCCAAACCGACUCGCUCCUCUUAACCGUCGACCGAGUCAUCUCAUCCGAUUCGGACUCGGAUUCGGCGAACGACGACGUUUCGCACCUCCUGGUUACCUUCCUGAAGUCCAUUCUGAAAUCGAUCCACGACCUCGUCUCGGCGAGGCCCGACCCGACCCGGGCCCGCUCCCAGAACUCGCCCGCCCAGAUCCUCCGGUCCUUCCACAACGUCCGAAACCUCUCGAUCGAGCUGCCCUCCGGGGAUCUCAGGCUCGAGAAGGGCACGGUGCUGAAAUGGCGAGCGGAUUUCGGGAAGACCUUGAGGAGCUGUGUGAUCCUCGGGUUCCGAUCGGUCGUCGCCGGCGGGGAAACGCCGGUGCCCGGAGAUGACGCGGACUUCGCCGGAGGGCUGAAGGUGCGGGUGGUGUGGACGAUCAGCGCGCUGAUCGCGGCAUCGGCGAGGCACUACUUGCUGAAGGAGGUGGUGAGGGAGCAGAGAGGGCUGGAAACGCUGGUUCUGAGAGACAGAGAAGGAGAGGGCGUGGUGGUGAUGGAGAAGGAAGGGUUGAGAGAGUGCGGGAGGGAGGACACGUGUGAUGCGGAGGAGGAGGAGGAGGAGGUGGAGGAGGAGGGAUGGGAUAGGGGAAGGAGCAGGGUGCCUAGCGUGAGGAUGCGGAUGAGGCACGUGCCGAGAAUGGAACUGAAGGGUGGGGUUUGGGUGGAGGGCGCGACACUUGUUGUGGUGAGGCCGAGUUUGAGCGGUGACGUGGAGGAUGGUGAUUUGGCGAUGGGGGCAUUUGGCGGGGAUGUGCUUUACGGGGAAGUUGUAGAGGCUUUGCUCAAGGCCAAGAGUUAUUUACUGGAAAUGAACUCAUUCUAAUAAUUCAUGGCAAAUGUUAAAAUGUUUUUUUUUUUCUUUUUCUGGUUUUAUUUUCGAUGCUCUGUACAUUCAUCCUGAUCUUUUUUUUUUUUUGCCCCAAAUAUUUGUAGAAGUAGUGUACUACUACCAGUUGGUACUGUGGUGCUGCUACUGAGCAAUUGUAUGAACAAUCGAAUAAAGCUUUUGUCCGUUGCUAAUA